CCAGGUGAUCCCAUUGUUGGGGGCUCAGGACAUGUCAGGGAAUGCUUUUCCAUCAUUUCCCUCCACUUUCCACCUACGCCCUCCUUUCCCUGGUGCUGACCGUCUCCCAUCUCCUCCUCCCCUCUCCAGGGCUAACCUGGUGGACCUGCAGAAGAAGCUGGAGGAGCUGGAGUUGGAUGAGCAGCAGAAGAAGCGCCUGGAAGCUUUCCUGACACAAAAAGCCAAAGUGGGGGAGCUGAAGGACGAUGACUUCGAGAGGAUCUCCGAGCUGGGCGCUGGCAAUGGCGGGGUGGUCACCAAAGUGCAGCACAAACCCUCAGGGCUCAUUAUGGCACGGAAGCUGAUCCAUUUGGAAAUCAAGCCAGCCAUCAGGAACCAGAUCAUCCGGGAGCUGCAGGUGCUGCACGAGUGCAACUCCCCCUACAUCGUGGGGUUUUACGGAGCCUUCUACAGCGACGGGGAGAUCUCCAUCUGCAUGGAGCACAUGGAUGGUGGCUCUUUGGAUCAAGUACUGAAAGAAGCCAAAAGAAUUCCUGAGGAAAUCCUGGGCAAAGUCAGUAUAGCGGUUCUACGGGGCCUGGCCUAUCUGCGGGAGAAGCACCAAAUCAUGCACAGAGAUGUGAAACCCUCCAACAUCCUGGUGAAUUCCCGAGGGGAGAUUAAGCUCUGUGAUUUCGGGGUCAGCGGGCAGCUCAUUGACUCCAUGGCCAACUCCUUUGUGGGAACUCGGUCCUACAUGUCUCCCGAGCGCCUGCAGGGCACGCACUACUCGGUGCAGUCGGACAUCUGGAGCAUGGGGCUGUCCCUAGUGGAGCUGUCGAUCGGAAGGUACCCAAUCCCCCCGCCAGACUCCAAGGAACUGGAAGCAAUUUUUGGCCGUCCUGUGGUGGACGGGGCGGAGGGAGAGUCCCCCAGCAUCUCGCCGCGGGCCAGGCCCCCAGGACGCCCCGUCAGUGGCCACGGGAUGGACACCAGGCCUGCCAUGGCCAUCUUUGAGCUGCUGGAUUACAUCGUUAAUGAGCCACCUCCCAAGCUGCCAAGUGGAGUCUUCACACAAGAUUUCCAGGAGUUUGUAAAUAAAUGCUUAAUUAAAAACCCAGCAGAACGAGCAGAUCUGAAGAUGCUGAUGAGCCACACGUUCAUCAAGCGCUCCGAGGUGGAGGAGGUGGAUUUCGCGGGCUGGCUGUGCCGGACGCUGCGGCUGAACCAGCCCAGCACUCCCACCCGAGCUGCCAUGUGAGCCCGGCCUGGCACUCCUGCCUCUGGCACCGCUUCCUCUCCUCCUUCCUCCCUCCCAGCCCGCCGAGCCCCAGCGCCAAAAGAGCUCCGGCCCCCCGAGCGGCUCCAUCCUCCGGGAUCGGUCCCUUCGGAUCCGGGGGUGCUCCAGGCCUCUGCUCCAGCUCUGGAGCUCCUGACACUUGGGAAUUGUGGUGCUGCUUAUGUUGGUUUUUUUCUUUAUUUUGGGUUUAUUUUUGUUUUGGUUCG